GUGAGCCUACGGUCGACGGGUCUCCCAAUGGCCGACGUUGGUGAAGUUCUCCCUGUCGUCACGGCGGAUCGCGACCCGUUCGCGAUGCACCACGAGUACAUGGAGUUCACGUUCGCCCAUAGGAACGAGACCAACAUGCAGGAUGAAGAUCCGCACCCAGCAG